AUGUCUUCCAUCCUUCAAGCCGAUGUUUAUGUGUCUUCGCGCCUCCCGCUCGCAGUCGAGCGGGCCGGCGAGUCGAGCUACUUCUCCCCAAUCACUUGCACUCUGAUCCACGGGAAAUCAAAGGCUGUCUUAGUAGACACACCCAUUUCUAUUUCCCAAACUGAGGACCUGGUCAGCUGGAUUAAGGAAACUGCACCUGGCAAAGACCUCCAAUAUGUUUAUAUCACCCAUGGCCAUGGAGACCAUUGGUUCGGCAUCAGCGUACUUCGAAAGCACUGGCCUAACCUGCGUGCCCUUGCCACACUUGGCACGAUCCAACACAUGCAGGAACAGGUACAGCCAGAGAUUUUUGACGGGGUGUGGCGCACCUUGUUCCCUGGGGAUCAAAUCCCUCCCAACCCAGAGCUGGCCAAGCCAAUGGCAUCACCCGUCUUUGAGCUUGAAGGGAAGGAGUUUCAUGCAGUCGACGUUGGUCAUACUGAUACCUACAACACCACGGUGCUUCAUGUGCCCAGUAUCAGGCUUGUGGUGGCGGGUGAUGCUGUUUACGGCGAUGUCCACCAGUAUUUCGGAGAGGCCAAUACAACCGAGAAAAGAAAAGAGUGGCUACGAGCCCUCGAUACCAUUGAGGCUCUCGAGCCCCACGCUGUUAUUGCAGGCCACAAGCGACCGGGAACCGUUGACGGGCUCUUCAACUUGCACAGGACUCGCCAAUACAUUCUUGAUUUCGAAGAAGCGGUUGCAUCGACUUCGAAUUGGCACGAACUAUGGGAAGAGAUGAAAAGGCGGUAUUCUGGACGGAUCAACCCUCAUGCGAUCCUAAGAGGUGCUUUGGCAGCCUUUCCAGACAGUUAG